AUGAAGGCGAACCAGCAGCGCAAGCCGCCAAGCAGCAGCGGCGCCGCGUUGCCGCAGAAGCGCUUCUACCGCGCUCGAGCGCACAGCAACCCGCUCAGCGAUAACCUCUUUCCAGCAACCCCCACGCUCCACCCCCCACUUUCCCCCCUCCUCCCCCCUGCUCGUCCCCUUGCGCUCACGUGCAGCCCCGUGUGCCCCGCGGAGGUGGACUGGUCCGCGCACUUCCCCGCGUUCUUCCCCCCCACUGCUGCUGUGGCACAACCCCCUGCAGCAGCGGAUGGUGCUGCUGCUGCAGCUGCUGGUCGUGCAGCAGAGGGGGAGGUGGGCCUGUCAGCGGCACGAGAUGGGGCGGCACAGCAGCAGCAUACCACGGCCUCCACUGCACCAACCAGCAGCAACAGCACCCCGGGCCCGGGCCAACCAAUGGUUCGCUUUGCUGACGUCGGGUGCGGCUUUGGUGGCCUGCUAGUGAAGCUGUCUCCCAUGUUCCCAGAUACACUCAUGGUUGGAUUCGAGCUACGUGACAAAGUGAGCGAGUACGUGAAGGACCGCAUACUGGCUCUCAGACAGCAACACCCCUCGCAGUACAGCAACAUCUCCUUGAUCCGCACCAACGCCAUGAAAUACCUGCCCAACUACUUUAACAAAGCACAGCUCACCAAGAUGUUCUUCCUCUUCCCUGACCCGCACUUCAAGGAGAAGAACCACCGCCGCCGAAUCAUCACGACUGCUCUUUUGGCGGAGUAUGCGUAUGUGCUGGCUCCAGGAGGCAUCCUGUACAGCAUCACGGAUGUUGAGGAGCUGGGCACGUGGAUGGACGACCACUUGGCUGCACACCCGCUCUUCCGCAAGCUCACUCCUGCUGAGAUGGAGGCGGACCCGGUCAUUCCCCUGCUCUUCACGUCCUCAGAGGAAGGCCUCAAG